AUAAUUUUUAGAUUUUUUUUAAGUCAAAUCAACUUUCAGCUUUUAGUUGAAGAAAUGCGAUUAAAAAUGUGUUUUUUUUUUUGGUGAAAAACUUUGAAUUGCUUGUUGAAAAUGGGUGUUUCAGCUCCUUUUGUUAUGCACAUGCAGAGGUUUUUUUGUUUUUACUGAAUGAGGGGGUGUGGGGGAAGUCACCAGAGGAGCAGAUAAGAGAAGAAUGAAGGCCGGCUUCAGGUUUGUGGAGCCUGGGAGAGUUUGUGAAGGAGUCUGCCUACUUUUAAAACGAUGGCUGCCGUCCGAGCAGUGGGGUCACAGCCGAAUCCCCUCCACAUCUAUGGAGGUCGGACGUGUAACCUGUUGAUGGCUGACUGGUGGUCAGACAGAAGUCCUCUCCAUGAAGCAGCGUCCCAGGGCAGACUCCUCCUCCUCAGGUCGCUUGUUGCACAGGGCUUCCACGUGGACACGCUGACCAUGGAUGGGGUGUCUCCCCUCCACGAGGCUUGUCUUGGAGGUCAUUAUCACUGUGCCAAGUUCCUGCUGGAAAGCGAUGCAAAGGCAGAUGCAGCCUCAGCAGAUGGCGCCACACCGCUCUUCAACUCCUGCAGGAGCGGCAGUGCUGCUUGUGUUGGGCUCCUCUUACAGCACGGUGCAUCCGUCCACAGCACACACCAGCUGGCUUCACCCAUGCAUGAGGCCGCAAAAAAAGAUCACAGAGAGUGUCUGGAGCUGCUGCUGGCCUGCGGAGCUCAGCUGGACACGGAGCUGCCGGAAGUGGGCUCCCCACUUUAUUCUGCCUGUGGAGCAGGAGCGGCUUCCUGUGUGGAGAUGCUGCUGCUUGCAGGUGCAGAUGUUGGCGUUGGAUGCGGGCGGGACAGUCCUCUCCAUGCCGCCGUUCAGAGAGGGGAUCUGGGUGUGGUGGAGCUUUUGCUGGACUUUGGGGCAAACGCCUUUUACGGAAAUUCAGAAGGAAGGACUCCUCUGGAUCUGUCUGCACCAAACAGCUCGGUUAGAUUUGCUCUGCAGAGAAGAGGUCCGUACUCUCUGUCUCAGCUGUGCCGCUUCUGCAUCCGCAAACGUCUUGGACGGAGUCGUCUGCACCGAGCCCCCAGCCUUUCCCUGCCUCCCAGGAUGCAAGACUUCCUCCUCUACAACUGAUGCACCACCUUUUGUACUUGCUGCAGACCCAGAAAUGUGAAAAUCAAUCCAUCUAGACGUGGAAAACGGGGUUAUCAUAAUACAAGAUCAGUCCAACGUGCAUUUACAUUUUAUUUUAUUUUUGCAGCCGACUAUUUUUAGGAACGUUUCCAAAAGCCUCUUUUUUCCCACAGGUUUGUGUACCUGUAUAAACGCUUUUGUUGCUCCACUGGGAGCAAAGGGAGUGUCGCUAAAAUCAGAGUCUCUUUAAAAUGAGGGCAACAAAAACAAUAAAAAACAGUAUUGGCUGCAGAGAUGCAGAUGUGCGGUUAUCAAGCUUCUGCAGCCACCACAGCUGCAAGCAGAAGAACAUCAAUUAUCACCGUCUGUCUUUCUUUACAGAUAAUAGUUUUGAAAUCCUCUUUUAAAUCCACUUUACAUAACAGCAGUUAUAAAUAGUAUAUGGCACAGAGUCAUAACCUUUGUUGUUUCCAACCGUUUUAAGUUUAUUCAGAAUAAAAGUAAUUUUAUUCCAAAAAAUUCAAUUUUCCUAAACCCUUAAUAAUCUUUGGACUCACCGUUGAGUUUGCCGGUCAUGUUGGUUGUUGAAAAUGAUGCAGGAAAGACCCCGACCCCCCCAUUAGUAGACUUUUCAUUCAAACUUAGACGUGAAGGUUUCAAAAAGUUUUGAGCUUUGACAUUUUUGGUUUAAAAAAAAACAAACACACGAGUUCUGACACAAAAUUGUUAUCCACCUGGAAUAAAUCCUGGGAACAUUGUGUGUAGUUUAGUGGAGUUUCUGCCUGGGCUUGUGUUUCUUCUUCACAGUUUUUUUAAGUUUGUCCUUUUUUUGGAUUUGUACAUUUGUAUUUGUUCUCAGUUGACCUUGAAAACUGUUUGUUUUGUACAUUUCUUUUAAAGACUAAAUUAAGUACCGGUACUUGGAAGUGACGUUUUUGCAGUUUUGGGUUGUUGGUGGAAAUAUUGUGAACUAUAAACCAAAAAAAUAUCUGUAAAAAUAGAAGAAGAAGCUGGGAUUCUUUUAAAUCAAGCCUUGCUACAAAAACCUUUUUAAGGAUAAAUGAUUGGAGCAAAGGGUAAAGUUCAAUCUUAACAAUAUCCACAUGAAAAAAUUACUCAAAAUAAAUAUUUUUCAAAUUUU